CCAGUCCUACAGCAUUAGUUUACAAGUUGAGUAGGUGGUGGUGUUGCAGAAGGCGAGCGACCGUGGAGUUGUAGUUCGUUUAUAGCCUAAGUUUAGCUUUUAAGUUCUGUCGCUUUUACUUUGGCUUCAAAAUUCAUAAAAGUUAUAUGAUUUUGUGAAUAUAAUCUUGAUAUACUGAAUAUUAUCUAAGUUUCAUGAGCUAUGGUUGAACACAGGGCUUAAUCUAAAAGCCUAUGGAAAAAUCCCAAUGGCUUUUUGUCGAGUGCGCUUGGAUCCGCCUACAAAGUGACGUCAUAGCCCCCACACUCUAUUGUACUGCGGUUACUGUACAGCGAUCUUCCUGCGUCCAGAAAUCAGAUUCCGCACAUCAGAGACUUAGUUUUGAAUAAAAGGAAAUAAAACUAGUUUCCAAUGAAGAAGGCAGUGCUUUUUAGUUUGUGGGGUGUUGUUGUUACACCCCAUGUUGCCCAGACGUUUCAGAAGUUUGAGGAAACUACUGGUAUCUCGAGGGGUUUCAUAAAGAAUGUAAUUGCAAAACUUGGCAGUGAGAAUGCACUGUAUCUCUUGGAGAAAGGAAAAGUCAGCCUGACUCAGAUGAUUCCUGAGUUUGAAGCUGAGUGUCAGAAGAUCGCGGCCGAUCAGGGACUUUCUUUACCUGCACAAUUCUCAGCUCAGAAGCUUUUCAGUGACAUUGGGCAGGUAGAAUUCAACAAGCCUUUUCUUGAUGCUGCAGCUGUCCUCCGUCGACAUGGCAUCUCUACCUGUGUCCUGGCCAAUAUCUGGGUGGAUGACACUGAUCAGAGAGAUGGCGUGGCUAGGAUUCUCUCCAUACUGGAAAGCCAUUUUAACCUGGUUGUGAGAUCUUGCUAUGCCGGUGUCAGAAUCCCAGAGCCAGACAUCUUUACCAGUGCCCUUGAAAAACUUGCGCUUAAACCUCAAGAAGCAGUCUGGCUGGAUGUGGAUGAAGAAAGUAUCAAGGCAGCUGAAGGUUUGGGAAUGACGGCUGUUCAAGUCAAGGACAUCACUGAGGCUCUUAAGGAAAUCAAGAAGCUUACAGAAAUAGAGGUCACCGGUGAUCUCCACCCACCCUCUUGUGAUCCUGAAAAUGUCUCUCAUGGAUAUGUGAAUAUUAAGCCUGGCGUGAGGAUCCACUAUGUGGACUUAGGAGACGGACCGCCUGUUCUCCUGUGCCAUGGCUUCCCUGAGAGUUGGUUUUCCUGGAGGUAUCAGAUUCCGGCUUUGGCCAAUGCUGGAUUCAGGGUUCUAGCUCUUGACAUGAAAGGUUACGGUGACUCCACUGCUCCACCAGUUCAGGUGGAUGUUGGCAGCUCAUUCCACCAGAGAGGAACAGAGAGGGUGAAGGAUCUGGUGACAUUUUUGGAUAAAAUGGGCAUCCCACAGGUGAUUCUGGUGGGUCAUGACUGGGGCGGUGCUCUGGUGUGGAACAUGGCACAGUUCCAUCCUGAGAGAGUGAGGGCCGUGGCGUCUCUCAACACACCUCUUUUUCCUGUGGAUCCAAAAACAAAUCCAAAGGAGAAACUCAAGGCCAUACCGAUCUUUGAUUACCAGAUCUAUUUCCAGAAUCCUGGUGUUGCAGAGGCUGAACUGGAGAAAAACCUUGAGCGAACCUUCAAACUGAUGUUCAUUGCAAGUAAUGAAACUAAAUCAUUUCCUAGCACCGCAGGAGUCUGCCAGAGAGGUGGAUUGUUUGUGGGGUCACCUGAAGAUCCACCCCGCAGUGCUAUUCUGAGCAAGUCCGCGCUGCAGUACUACAUUCAGCAGUUCACCAAGAGCGGCUUCAGGGGUCCUCUGAACUGGUACCGUAACGGGGAGAAGAACUGGCAUUGGAUGUGUUCCAGGCCGAGGGGCAAGAUCAUGAUGCCAGCUUUAAUGGUGACUGCAGGAAAGGACCCUGUUCUUCUGCCAGCCUUUGCCAAAGGCAUGGAGAACCUGGUCCCCAACCUCACCAGAGGCCACAUUGAGGAGUGUGGACACUGGACUCAGAUGGAGAGGCCUGCAGAGCUCAAUAAAAUCCUCAUCUCCUGGCUGAAGGAAACACAGCAGAAAGCCUCUAUCCCUGUUCAUCCCAAGUUAUGAGAGCAUGAUCUUGAUUUAACUAUACGCAGGCUAAAGUGCACUAAUAUCCAGGCUUGCUGAUUGCAUAAUAAUAAUCCAUUGUCAUGUGAGUGGAUUUCAGUAGUCCAGUGCUUUUUAUCUGAUGUCUUUUAUAAUAUGCUGCAAUAAUGAACAGACUUUUUAAGGCAGUGUCUGUAGCUCAGAUAAGCUCAUAUUUACAUUUUGUGUGAACAGCAUCUGUCACUGUUUGCACUUAGUGUAAAUAGCCACUGCCUUUUUUAAUGUAAUAUUGAUGAAUGUCACAUUUUAUUAUGAAUCGUUUUUAUUAACAGCUUGCUUUGCUAAAUAAAACCAAUAAAUAAUCCUUUGCUUUGUAAUAAACUGAAUCAAUACUGCUUUACAAGAAUCAUUAAUUGUAUAUUGUUUGCUACAAACAUUGAUAUUUUGGCCUGAACAAUUACUCUAAUUGGCCAUUUUUUGAUUAGUGGCAUCAGCCAAUAAGUUUAUUUCAGAAUUUAAUUUAACAGAAGUGGUCAUUUCUACUCACUGUCUGUCAGUUCUAGAAACAUAAAGCAAACCUUUAUGGA